AUGGAAAGCUCAAAAAUAUCAGCUUGUAGGCAUACAAAGGUCAUAAAUUCUGAUCAGAAAGAAGUUACAGAAUCCGUAACAUACGCGCGGAAAGCUUUUCUCAAGCUUCUCGAGGAAAAUUCACAGGGUUUCGCAAUUGUCCCAGACCAUCAAGCUGGUGCAAAGUCAAAACCAAAAGAAUGCAAAUGCAAAAACUAA